AAGAGAAAGAAAAGAGUCCACUUUGGCUUCGCGUCUCGUCCUCCUCCUCCUCUUCCAUACAUUUUAACUUCCUUUCUCUGUACGGUUGGUCUCUCUUGGAUUCUAAGCCUCCAUACAAAGAAAGAAUCAGUUUUUCUUAUAGAGAUAGAUAGAGAGAGAGAGAGAGAGAGCGCAAAAAACAUGAACGAGAAGGCUAAUGUUUCGAAAGAACUCAAUGCAAAGCACAGAAAGAUCUUGGAAAGCCUCCUUAAAUUACCAGAGAAUAGAGAGUGUGCUGACUGCAAAAGCAAAGGGCCUCGAUGGGCUAGCGUGAAUCUAGGAAUCUUCAUAUGCAUGCAGUGUUCAGGUAUCCACAGGAGUCUAGGAGUACACAUAUCAAAGGUUAGAUCUGCCACUUUAGACACAUGGCUUCCAGGGCAGAUUGCAUUUAUUCAAUCUAUGGGGAACGAGAGAUCGAAUAACUAUUGGGAAGCAGAGUUGCCUCCUAAAUAUGACAGAGUUGUAAUUGAGUAUUUCAUUCGGGCAAAAUAUGAAGAGAAGAGAUGGGUUCCUAGGGAUGGAAAAGCCAAAUCACCUUCAAGGGUGAAUGGAGAGAAGACUCCAACAAGAAGUAGUGGUCAUGGCCAAAUGAAUGACACUAACCAUGUUUUAGAGGAGAGGAAAGUUACUCGUCCACCCAUUACCAAUGGCAGAAGUCCUUCUUCCAAAAGUUCCACUCCAAUGCCUGUUAAAGCUUCCACUCCAUUGCCUGUUAAAGCAUCCAGUCCAUUGGCUGUUAAAGCUUACACCCCAUUGGCUGUUAAAGCAUCUCAAAAGGCGGCACAUGACAACAAAUCACAAGAACCUGUGCAGAAGUCAGAACCAGCGGCCCCAAAAGCUGAAUUGGCAAAGAAGGAAGAACGUGCAACCAAAGUUGUAACACUUCCAAAAGUUGAUUAUGCAACUGAACUUUUUAAUUUGCUUUGCAUGGAUGAUUCUAGGGAGAGUGAUUUCACGACUCCUGCUCAUGAUAAUGGAUGGGCCAGUUUCCAAACUGCUGAUGCAAAAUCUACACCAGAGAGAAGUAGUUCAUCAAACUUUAUUGAAAGCAUGACACAACCGAACUUAACUUCACCAUCUUUGGAGAAACCCCUAAAGGCUGUGAAUAAUGAUAUCAUGAACCUCUUCGACAAGUCCAGUAUGGUGUCUCCAUUUUCUGUCCAUCAACAGCAACUUGCAAAAAUGUUAUCCCAACAACAACAAUUCAUUAUGGCUACUGCAGCAGGGUCUGGCAAUGGAUCCCACACCGUUCCUUCAAAAUCACAUAGACCAAGUUCCAAUGGCAUUCACUUACCUGCUCAGAGUUGGGGAAGCUAUGGCUAUCAAGUUCCUGGGAUGGUGAUGCCAAUCACUGAUUCACAAAAAUAUAUGCAGAUGGGAAGCAGCCAACAAGUGUAUUCUGCAGGGAACCCAAUUAAUUUUCCGAUAUCAAGCAUGUAUAGGCCAGGUCCAGUAGCUCCAAUCAAUGGCAUGACAAAAACCAAAGCAACUAUGCCUACUCCAGCAUUCCCAGUUACUCCAACUCAGCCUGCAGGGUAUUACGAUCUCUCAUCAUUAGCGACGUAUACAAAACAGUGAUGAAUUGCCCAGACACUUUCUCUCCAUUAUUGAAGUAGUUAAAUCAUGGGAAAAUUCACAUUCAUAUUACCUCGCAUGAACUCUCAUCCAAUUACUUGUUGGGGGUUACUGCCUAGGUUUGUAUUUAUUUGUAUUAUUGCCAUCAUUGGUUUAAUAAACUUGGUUUCAUAUUGAAUAA